GGGCAAGUGCGAGACUGAGUGCUAGCAGGGAGCGCGCGAGCGAAGCCGAGAAGAGCCGAGCCGAGCCGAGCCGUGAGGUGCCGGGGAGAGGCAGGCAGAGCCUGGCCGGCCGCCUGCGGCUUAGUGCGGAUUGUGCGGUGUAGCCGGGCACUCUGUCUACCAGCCUCUGCCCAGGCUCCUGCAAAACUUUUAUUCCUUUGGGCCCCCGGGGGUAUGUGAAGGCAUCGGAACGUUCUGCUGUCUCCGCACCCCCCUGCAGCGGCGACCGAAGGGACCUGCAUCCCUCGCCCGCCGGGCUCUCGCGCCCUGAGCCUCCUCACCUACCGAUCGCUCCCCGGAGCCGCGAGGGGGCACCCCCGGAGAGACCGCGCGGGCCCGGUCGCCCAGAACUCCCGCCUGCCGCGGCGGAUCCGCCCGGCGCAACUUUAACUUGAUUCCUCUCGUCCAGCCCGGGCACCGGAGGCUGCCGCCGCCGCUGCCGCCGCCCCCGCCCCCGCCCCCGCCCCCGCCGCCGCUGCUGCUGCUGCUGCCGCGGUUUCACAAAGGGCGCAGGGAGGGGAGGUGGCGCAGGCGGCAGGCACUGGCCUCCGGGCCGCCGAGGCAGCGAGACAAAAGGGAAACUGCCUCUGCUCGCGGUACGGGUUCGGAGCAACCAGCUCCUCCGCCUCCUGCUCCGCUCCGCGCGCCUCCCCCCGCCCUCGGCUGCUGCUCCGCCUCCCUCCGGGCGGGCUGUACCCGCAGUGCUUCGGACCCAGCGAGCCUUCGGGGCGCGCGUCGCUGCUGGUGGUUGGGGCUCUAGUGAUAAUAAAUGAUAGAGGAUACAAUGACUUUGCUGUCUCUGCUGGGUCGCAUCAUGCGCUACUUCUUGCUUAGACCCGAGACGCUUUUCCUGCUGUGCAUCAGCUUAGCGCUGUGGAGUUACUUCUUCCACACCGACGAAGUAAAGACCAUCGUCAAGUCCAGCCGGGACGCGGUGAAGAUGGUGAAGGGCAAGGUGGCUGAGAUUAUGCAGAACGAUCGACUUGGAGGGCUUGACGUGCUGGAGGCCGAGUUUUCUAAGACCUGGGAGUUCAAGAGCCAUAACGUGGCGGUGUAUUCCAUACAGGGCCGGAGAGACCACAUGGAGGACCGCUUCGAAGUUCUUACAGACCUGGUCAACAAAACGCACCCGUCCAUCUUUGGGAUCUUCGAUGGGCACGGCGGCGAGACUGCAGCUGAAUAUGUAAAAUCUCGACUUCCAGAGGCCCUAAAACAACAUCUUCAGGACUACGAGAAAGACAAAGAAAACAGUGUAUUGUCUUACCAGACCAUCCUUGAACAGCAGAUUCUGUCAAUUGAUCGAGAAAUGCUAGAAAAAUUGACUGUAUCCUAUGAUGAAGCAGGCACAACAUGUUUGAUUGCUCUACUAUCAGAUAAAGACCUCACUGUGGCCAACGUGGGUGACUCACGAGGAGUCCUGUGUGACAAAGAUGGCAAUGCCAUUCCCUUGUCUCAUGAUCACAAGCCUUACCAACUGAAGGAAAGAAAGAGGAUAAAGAGAGCUGGCGGUUUCAUCAGUUUCAAUGGCUCCUGGAGGGUUCAGGGAAUCCUGGCCAUGUCUCGCUCCCUGGGUGAUUAUCCGCUGAAAAACCUCAAUGUGGUCAUCCCAGACCCAGACAUCCUGACCUUUGACCUGGACAAGCUCCAGCCCGAGUUCAUGAUCUUGGCAUCAGAUGGCCUGUGGGAUGCCUUCAGCAAUGAAGAAGCAGUUCGAUUCAUCAAGGAGCGCUUGGAUGAACCUCACUUUGGAGCCAAGAGCAUAGUCUUACAGUCAUUUUACAGGGGCUGCCCUGACAAUAUUACUGUCAUGGUGGUGAAAUUCAGGAAUAGCAGCAAAACAGAAGAGCAGUGAACCCUUUAGGGGUCUCAGCUGCCUUAGACUAAAGGACUUUUGACACACUGGUCUCUUUUAAUGUAGUGAAAGGUGUGGGAAUUGUAAUUAGGAUCAUCCAUCCCAGACACUGAAUCCCUGCCCCGCUUUCAGUGAUGAACAGAGGAUACCCCUGGCCAAUGUAGUUGAGAGACUGAAAAAUGGUUUCUUUGUGUUUCCCCAACUCUUAAUGUCCAAAGCAUAUAAAUAGGUAGCUAUAGAUCCCCAUGUAUGAAGUAAAUGGCAGAUGUGCCAUAUAUUCUCCUUCUUAGGAUUCUUUUCAAGAUCCCUUUCAGGGUCCUCCAGGCAUUAGCCAUUAUGUCUCCUCUGGAAAUAUGAGUGGGACAAGCCUCCCUUGCUAUGGGGGACAGGCCACUGUGACCUGUAAGUUAGGGGCUGAUGUUCAGCCAGAGGACAGAGUGGUCCUAGAAUGUAUGGUCCUCCUGAGUCCAUGUUUUUUGCUCAGCAGCAGCCUGGAAGCAGAUUUGGAACUGUUUAUGAUUCGUGGGCUGCUUUUGGAGAAUGAGGAAAGCUGGGAGGAUGGGUGAUUAGUGGCAGCACCUGUACAACAGAAAUAACCCUUUUCUCUUACUCCUUUUAUUAGUUAAAUAGAUUUGUUGUACCGCCUGACCAGCCGAUGUAUGUUUCUCCUAAUCAUGCAUGACCUUACCUUUUGCUUACACCUUCCUGUAUGUAAUAGGCAGCUGUUAACUGCACCACCAGACACCAUUAUUUUUUUGUCUUAGUUUACCAAGAAAUCAUACUAGGGGAAAUGAAAACAGCAAAUCACAAUGCCAUCAUCCCCUUCCAUCUUUAAGAACAGGUUGAAGAAAACUAUUGAAUAAGUCACAGUGCCCCUUGGAAAGCUGGCAGUUUGCACUGGGAGUGAAAGGAGUGAGCAGUGAGAUUACCACCCUGAAGUGAGCUCCAGAUGCCAGUUUUUGUGCAGUUUUUCCCCACCUCUAGCUGAAUAGCUUUCAAGUAUCUUUCAAGCAGUGUUUGGAGAAACAACAACUCAGAAUUGCUUGUGUUCAUUGAAACCAGAAACAUGUUCCCAAACUUUGGAAUUCUGUGGUGAACUACUGGGGCAUGCUUCUUUUCGCCAAUGAAAAGGAUGAAGCUUGUCACAUUUGUUUGCAAAACUUUGUCCACACUGGGUAGCCUUCCCUCCUCAGGCAAAGGCAAAGUGCCCCAUUUAGCCUGAAGGAACUCAUGGGGGACCUGUAUGCAGUGGCAGCAAAGCUGGAUGAGAAUUCAGACAAGAACCCACAUUGAUAAGUGGCCCAGAGUUAUUUGGGGGCCUGGCUUUGCUGUUCUGUUUCCUAUCACCAAAGUCACAUUUUUUCCAGCUUCAGCAUUUUAUAAGUUAAUUUAUAGAAAAUGCUGGUCAUCCUCUUUGCCUGAAGGCGGCAGUUCUAACAACUAAGCAAGACUUCUGUUGCAUCCCCACCCCCAGGCAUACCUGGUUUUGUUCUUUCUGAGUGGACAUUUGUCCUUAAAUUGCCUGUUCACUGGCCUUUCCAACCCAUGGUGCCCUACCCUCUCUUCCCCUUCAGCUGCAGAGCUUUUCUGAAGCAAUUUCCAAGAAACAACUCAGGAGAAUGAAAAGAUUAACUUGUGCUGCCAAGAAUUGCAGUUUGUCUGGAUACUUCCAAGAACUUACCUAUCUUUGACUGCAAUGAGAAUUAAUAAGGUUUCCCAAGAGUUUGCUUACUUUUGUAUUCUGUAUUUUCCAACAUUAAUGUUAGAAUUUUGGUUACUGUUUUUUAGCCAUAGAAUGUUUUGGUACAAAAUAUCUGCUCCAAUUUUAGAUUUAAGCAGUUGUCCCUUGAGAGACACUGAACAUUUGGAUGUGUGUAUUCAGGGCAGAGGUGGGAACAGAAAUGUGGGAAACAAAUUAUUGUAAUCAGUGACAGGCAGGCAGACCAGAUGGCUGCGUUUGCUUGGAUAUCUAGGAUGUUCUGACUCUGGAGUCAGACCAUCUAACUGAAGGUCCAACAUUGUACAAUCAUAGUAACUUCUUUCCUUUUUUAUAUUUUUGCUUAACACAAAAUGCAUAAUAACAAGGGAAAUAUAUUCUAGUGUCUAAAAUGAAAAUAGUAAUGCUUUGGUGAAGAUAAAAAAAACUACCAAAUUAGUAACUCAGUACUUAAUUAUCAAGCUAAAUUUUUUAACAAAUAGUGCUGAGUGCACAAGGUACAUGCCUUUUUCUUUAAAUUGAGUUCACCGGCAUCUUCUAAAUUUUGCUUUGUAGAAUUAAUUCAUUUCUGAUUUUAACCAAAUAGAGUGUAAAUCUCACACUCCUUUUCUGCCUCUCCCCCCCCACUAUGGUUUGUAAUUUUCUAAAUGUAGACGUUAUAGGCAAAAUAGUGUUUUGAUUAAUUGUUAUGUGUAAAAUCAUAGUACUCUGUUCCCUUCCCCCAUCCUCCUUGAGCACUCUUUCCCUGAUCCUUUUCCAGUUGUCAGGGGUCUGCAGACAGCACACCUGGGCUGCCCUGUGGUGCACUGACUGCCCCCGCUUCUCUAGAAGUUCAGGAAGGUUGAAUCUAGCCUAUAGGGAAAUUGAAAAUUUUGCAUGUAAAGCUUCCCUAAACAGCACUGCCAAAGCUUUGGAAUUGUCAUCUGACACUGCCAGACUCCCUAGCUAACCUGAGUUCGAAUUGCCAAUAAUCCCCAUGGUGCCAAAUUUUGGGAUGGUUCUACAGUCUUUUGGAAAUGAAGCUGGGCAUGCCCAUGUGCUCCUGAGCCCCCAGCAAGAUGCCAAGCCCAGAUCCUCAUUAAUGCACUGCUCUGCCGCUGCUCCCCUGGCAAUUUGUACUCAUUAAAUGGGUUAGAAGUGGGGUGAGGGGAAAUUUUUAAAAUUCAGUGUAUUUGCAAUUCUUUAAUCAUAGGAAUAAACUCUACUUAUAUAGAAAGCUCAACAAUAGUCCCCCAAGACCUGAAUUUUUUUUAAUGUGACCAACCUGUGCAAGGCAAUUAACUCUGAGUCACUGUUCUAAUGCAACAUGACUAUAUGCAUACAUACUCAUUACUGGCAAUGAAUGGCUACAUUCUAAUCCUUGUUGUGGAUUGAAGAUAUUGGCCUCUUGGGUCUUGCAUAUGUGGUGUGUUACACAGAGUAUUAGGAGCAUAUGCAAACUGGAUAAUUUAAAACACACCUUAUUUCAUACAAGUGUAAUGACUUUGACAUUUUGCACAAAUGGCAAACAGGGCUGCAUGACACCAUUAUUUCAGUCCUCUCUGACUCUCUGAAGUGGUUCCAGGAAACUGAUUACGCUAUUGGAGUGGGUCACUGUGGUAUCUGGAAAUGCAUGAGGGAUUGAUAAAAAAAGGAUCACUUUUUUCCUUUGCUAGGUA